AUGUCUCUCCUCACCUCCCCCACGCCGUUCGGCGCGGCCGCCAUCCGCCGCCGCGUCGCCCCGCUUCCUCUCCUCCCUGGAGGCGGUCGCGCCGCGCUGCACGUGGCCCUCGCGCGCCGCGGCGGGGUCUCGUCCCGCACGCAGCGGCGCCUCGAGGAACGCGGAGGCAAGAAGCGCCGCGGCGGGGUCGCGGCGCCCGACGUGGACGAGGACGCCGCGGAGGCGGGGGCGGCGGAGUGGGAAGGGGAGCCGCUGGGGUUCGAGGUGUCGACGGAGCCCAUGCCGCAGCUGCCGGACCCGGAGACGCCCGACUUCUGGGAGGGACCUCAGUGGGAGGCCCUCGGCUUCUUCGUGCAGUACAUGUGGGCGUUCGGCGUCGUCUUCGGCCUCAUUGCUUGUGGUGUCGCUGUGGCUACCUACAACGAUGGGGCAACAGAUUUCAGAGACACGCCUGCUUACAAGGAAUCCCAAUCACAGGAGUUCCCUGAGGAGUCAGAAUCAUCAAGCGCUGAUGUGUUUGAAGGCAAUCCAACUGAGGUAGCGCCAGCUCUUGAGUAG